CGAAACCCACAAAACACCCCCCACAUUUAGACCUAAGUAGCCAUCGAAUCCCUCAAAGAACGAACAGUAUUGUGUCGAUUUCUAACCCUCGAUCGGAAGGGAGAGGAGCAUAUGGCGAGGCAAUCGAGAUCCAAAUCGUCGUCGGAAGAGGCUCUGUCGGAGAGCUCGGAGGAGGAGGAGCGCGUCAACAAUGAUCAGGUCAGCGACGAGGAAGAGCUCGAGGCUGUAGCUAGAACCGGGGAGGACUCCGGCUACGAGGAUCAGGAUGCCGAGGAAGAAGACAAUGAUGAUGCCGCUGCCGCCUCUGGCGGUGAAGAUGACGACGAGAACGAGAAUUGGUCAGGUUUAGCCCAAUUAAUCUGUGCUGUAUACAUGUCAUCAUUGCAGGAAAAUGAUGCUGCAAGUAGCAGAAUUGCGAAGCAUGAAAAAGCCAGACUGAAAGAAAUGCAGAAACUUAAGAAACAGAAGAUACAAGAAAUUUUGGAUGCACAAAAUGCGAGCAUUGAUGCUGACAUGAACAAAAAAGGAAAGGGCCGCCUUAAGUAUCUCCUGCAGCAAACAGAGAUAUUUGCUCAUUUUGCAAAAGGUGACCAGACUUCUCAGAAGAAGGCAAAAGGAAGGGGUCGCCAUGCAUCAAAAGUGACUGAAGAGGAAGAGGAUGAAGAGUAUCUCAAGGAUGAAGAAGAUGGGAUUUCUGGAAAUACUCGGCUUGUGGCGCAACCCUCUUGUAUUCAAGGAAAGAUGCGUGACUACCAACUUGCUGGUUUGAACUGGCUCAUACGACUCUAUGAAAAUGGCAUAAAUGGAAUACUUGCUGAUGAAAUGGGGCUUGGUAAAACUUUGCAAACAAUCUCUUUAUUGGGGUACCUACAUGAGUUUAGAGGAAUAACUGGUCCUCAUAUGGUUGUUGCUCCGAAGUCUACACUGGGUAACUGGAUGAAUGAAAUCAAACGCUUUUGCCCAGUUCUACGUGCUGUCAAAUUUCUUGGGAACCCAGAUGAGAGGAAACAUAUACGUGAGGAGUUACUUGUUGCUGGAAAGUUUGAUGUAUGUGUAACAAGUUUUGAAAUGGUUAUUAAAGAGAAGACUGCACUUCGCCGGUUUAGUUGGCGCUACAUUAUCAUUGACGAAGCUCAUCGUAUCAAAAAUGAAAACUCUCUUUUGUCAAAGACCAUGAGACUUUAUAAUGCUAAUUAUCGGUUACUUAUCACAGGGACCCCUCUGCAGAAUAAUCUUCAUGAACUUUGGGCUCUUCUCAACUUCUUGCUGCCGGAGAUCUUUAGCUCAGCAGAAACUUUUGAUGAAUGGUUCCAAAUUUCUGGUGAGAAUGACCAGCAGGAGGUUGUCCAACAGCUUCACAAGGUCCUUCGACCAUUUCUCCUCAGGAGGUUGAAGUCUGAUGUUGAGAAAGGUCUUCCCCCAAAGAAAGAAACAAUCCUCAAGGUUGGAAUGUCCCAAAUGCAGAAGCAGUAUUACAAAGCUUUGUUGCAAAAAGAUCUAGAAGUUAUAAAUUCUGGUGGAGAGCGCAAGCGUCUUCUGAAUAUAGCAAUGCAGCUGCGGAAAUGCUGCAACCAUCCAUAUCUUUUUCAGGGAGCUGAACCAGGACCACCUUAUACUACCGGAGAGCAUCUUAUAGAGAAUGCUGGCAAAAUGGUUCUUCUGGAUAAACUGCUACCAAAACUAAAGGAGCGCGGUUCAAGGGUGUUAAUAUUCUCACAGAUGACCAGACUUUUGGAUAUCCUUGAAGAUUACUUGAUGUACCGUGGCCAUCAAUAUUGCAGGAUUGAUGGAAAUACCGGUGGGGAGGAUCGUGAUGCUUCCAUUGAAACCUUUAACAAGCCUGGAAGUGAGAAGUUUGCUUUCUUGUUAUCCACUAGAGCUGGGGGUCUUGGAAUCAAUCUGGCCACUGCAGACAUUGUAAUACUUUAUGACAGUGAUUGGAAUCCACAGGUUGAUUUGCAAGCACAAGAUCGUGCUCACAGGAUUGGUCAGAAGAAGGAAGUGCAAGUGUUUCGAUUUUGCACAGAGUAUGCAAUUGAGGAAAAGGUGAUUGAAAGAGCUUACAAGAAGCUUGCGCUUGAUGCUUUGGUUAUCCAGCAAGGGAGACUGGCAGAACAAAAAACUGUAAAUAAGGAUGAGCUACUGCAGAUGGUAAGGUUUGGUGCUGAGAUGGUUUUCAGUUCUAAGGAUAGCACCAUCACAGAUGAAGAUAUUGAUAGGAUCAUUGCUAAAGGAGAGGAGGCAACAGCUGAACUUGAUGCUAAGAUGAAGAAGUUUACAGAAGAUGCCAUCAAAUUUAAGAUGGACGAUUCGGCAGAUAUCUAUGACUUUGACGAUGAAAAGGAUGAAAGCAAGGUUGAUUUUAAGAAGAUUGCUAGUGAAAAUUGGAUUGAGCCACCAAGAAGAGAACGAAAGCGAAAUUACUCAGAGUCAGAAUACUUCAAGCAAACAAUGCGUCAAAAUGGCCCUACAAAACCCAAAGAGCCUCGAAUUCCUCGCAUGCCUCAGCUGCAUGACUUCCAGUUCUUCAAUACACAGAGACUUAGUGAGCUGUUUGAGAAGGAAGUCCGUUGCCUCAUGCAACGACAGCAGAAGAUUCAAAUGAAAGACACGAUAGAUAUGGAGGAAACAGAAGAUGUUGGAGAACCUUUGACUCCUGAAGAACAGGAAGAAAAAGAACGCCUCUUGGAACGUGGAUUUUCAUCGUGGAGCAGAAGGGACUUCAAUACUUUCAUCAGGGCCUGCGAGAAAUAUGGCCGUAAUGAUAUUAAAAGCAUUGCUGCUGAAAUUGAAGGGAAAACAGAAGAGGAAGUUGAAAAAUAUGCAAAAGUUUUCAAAGAAAGAUACAAAGAAUUAAAUGAUUACGAUAGGAUCAUCAAGAACAUUGAAAGAGGAGAAGCAAGAAUUUCCCGAAGAGAUGAGAUCAUGAAAGCAAUCGGGAAAAAAUUGGAUCGUUACAAGAACCCAUGGCUAGAGUUAAAGAUCCUGUAUGGUCAGAACAAGGGCAAGUUCUACAACGAGGAAUGUGAUCGUUUUAUGAUGUGCAUGGUUCACAAGAUAGGGUACGGAAAUUGGGACGAGUUGAAAGCUGCAUUCCGCACAUCCCCUUUGUUCCGUUUUGAUUGGUUUGUCAAGUCUCGAACUGCCCAGGAGUUGGCAAGGAGGUGUGAUACCCUCAUUAGACUGAUUGAGAAGGAAAACCAAGAAUAUGACGAGCAGGAGAGACAGGCCCGGAAGGAAAAGAAACUUGCCAAGAUGACCACGACUUCAAAGCGGCCUGCUCUGCCAAGGCAGACUGCAGAGAGCCCUCCAAACUCGAAGAAACGGAAGCAGUCAUCUAUGGAUGAUUAUGUCAAUUCGGGACGAAAGAAAUGAUAUGAAAGUCAAGCUCUUUUGCUGGAUUCUUUGGGAGCCUUCCCGUUUUGGUUAAAAGAGAAAAAAGCGUACUGUCCAGUAGACAUUGCACAUUUUGGACAUGAAUCUUGGAAGCACGCAGGAAUCACGAGAUGUAGGCAAGCUGCUUCGUGUUCUUCUCCUUCAAUGGAACAAUAGAAGAACUAAUUAUGUUGUCGUGACUAGUAAAAAUGUACCGAGUAUCUAUCUGUUUAUAUGUUAAGUUGUUCCCUCAACUGAUUUCAAAGUCAUGUUGUUAUAGCAAGUGGAAAACCCCCCAUAGGAAAUCCUUUAAUUUUGUUAGUACAAGCUAGAAAUGGGGUAUCAUUUUGUGGCUUAACUUGAACUGGUUUGUUUCCAAUUCUGGACUGAUUGGAUUUCUCAGUUGAAGAAUCUUAACUGAAUGAUACUACCUCCGCCUCAAAAUAGAAACACAAUUUGGUUUAUGCUAUAAAAAUAAAUAAUGCUACGUACUUCAUAAAAUUUACUUGUAUUA